UGCGAUGUUGCAGACGACGAUUUUGCAUACGACUGUACGUAGUACAUGUACCCUGUACAUGUACAGUACUUCGUGCGUUAAUGUGCUGUGUACAAGUUUAUGGGAACUUUUCAUUCCGAAUCGGCCGGGAUUCGACUGGAGGAAUGUGAGAUUUUCCUGCGGAAGCAGUCACUCGUAUUUCGGCAAACUUGUGAAUUUCGACCAGGAGACCAUUUUGACCAGUCUUUUUCGUCUGGAAUCCGUGCAAAAGAAACAGGAAGCGUGCCUCGUUGAAAUGAAACUUGUUGAUGCGUGUGCGCUCACAAACUGGUCGAGUGACUAUCGACAUUCCGUGACAUUCAUUGUGUGCACCGACUCUCAACGAUUGAUCGCACCGUUUUGUGAACGUAAAUGACAGCUUGGAUUACCGGUGCAGCACGCUGGCAACCCCGUCUUAAAAGCUUGCAGAAAGUGACUGGAAAGAUCUCAUGAAACUUCAAAAGUUGGUCAACCGCUGUCGACAUGAAUAAACCAGCGAAUUGGAUUGUUAUAAUUGUGUGACAGUUCCCAUGUUACGACGUUUUAGAGUGAAAUUUUUGACGGGGUAUUGUCACAUCGUGUUCCGGUCGUAUGGCAGUAUCAGUCAACAUGAUCGAGCGAAAAAACAUCUUGAGUUCUGGAUAAGAACUUUAAUCACCUGAUUAUUGUUACGCAGUACAAGCUUUAGUGUGGACUUCAGAUUAUAGUGAUUGCUUUAUGGGACGCUUAUGUGCCUAAUGGCAGUUUUAUUAUGGCAGAUAAAACUAUUGGAAUUCUGACAAGCAUGGCCCGUGGACAUUUAGCAACGGUGAAGCACGCUUCGUGACGGUCGGUUGCAGUCCGUGUGCGUGAUGUUUUCAGUGGGUCACCUGCCGUCGUCCGCUUCGCACGAACAGCACAGCAGCACAGUGAUGACCGGGAACCCAGUCGGAGCUGGCGGGGUCGACUACGGAGUGCGGUCGGUGGCGGGCGCCGGAGGCUACCCGUCCCGGGCAACACAGGCUUAUCACGGGGGAGGUAUGGACGCAGGCGCCGGGUUCAACUCUUACGGUGCCAGCAACACGGCGGACAGCUUGAAGGGAUUUGAAUGCAGUGAUUUGGACAAUGCCCUCCUUGGAUCUGGUGGGUUCCAUUCCAAUGCCGGGAGUGACGGGCAAAUGUACCCCAUGCCAAACAGAACUAUGGCCACAAAUCCUGCAAACAUGCCCUAUGGGGAAUAUGGGCAUGGUGAAACAAACACUGAAGGAUUUGGUUAUGGCCAUAUGAACAGAUCGCAUGCAUACAACAGACAGUAUAUGUCAAGUGCUGUGUAUGGUAGACAGACACGAGGGAUGAACAGCAUGAGCAAUUCUUUGCAGCAACACCCCACAAACUCAGAUUACUCUUCUGAACACAUGACAAGGAGAAUGUCUAUUCCUGCUGCAGAGAGCAACGUACCAACCCAGAGCUAUGCACGAUCGAACUCUUACCCUGUUGGAACACCUUAUGAAAACUCACACAACCAGUACCCUUCAUCCAGCCAGUCCUAUUCUAGCAUGACUGGGUACAAUCAAACAGCCUUUUCAGAUCUGGACACAAAUGCAUCAAACAUGGCAGAUAGCCAAAUGAGGAGGACACAAGCAAACAGUUACCUGCAGCCGUACUCAUCAAGUGCCAUGAAGAAACCUUCGUAUCCAACAGCCGGCACAGGUGCCGGUAGCGAAGGAUGGUCAGAUUCUGGCUAUUCAGCGCCGGCCAAGUUCCCAUCCCAUUCUCCCAUGUCAAAUGCCAAGGCAUUGCAUUUGAUGGACUCUGCAGAGAGUAGCGGCAUGUACCCCCAGUUUCCACACGGGAAUCAGAAUUCAACAAACACGCAGGGGAUGCAGUAUACAAAUACAAGACAGGGAACCUAUUCAUCUGUCAACAACGAAAUCACAACAAAUCACUACCCUUCAGUAAACAGCAUGGAUAUAUGUCCACCCACUUCAGCUUCAAUGAAUUACAGUAACAAAAUUGCCAAGCCGUUUGCAGGAGGUAGCCAUUUAAGGCAGGGUGCAGCGUACAGUGAAAUGGCUACAGGCCAGUCACGAGCUCAAGGGUACAAAAAUUUUCAAGAUUCACAGGCAUCUGCCAUGGGCCAGUCAAAUGUAAGUGCUGGCAGUCAACGGUUGAGACAUUAUGGACCAAUGCCUAAUCAAAACCAGUCCCAGGGCAUGCACCAUUUGCCGUAUAGAGCAUAUGGUGCUGCUGACCCUUCAGUGAACAGUGGCCAGUCUGUGGUCACACCCAACAUGGAUGGACAGUACCAGAAUUACGAUCAGUUUAGUGGUGCGUCAAGUACAAGGCAUGAGAGACUUCGGUCACUGGAUGGAAGAUUUGUGAGUGGUGCUCCAUCAGUGCAGACAGGUAUGGGGGCCUCAACAUUCCCUGUACAAUCUCAAAACCAGAGGUCUUUUGAGUCAGCUACUCAGCAGCAAGGUGUUAGUGGUCAAUCUUUCGGUAGCACUAACCCUGCUUACUACAAUACCAGAACUAAAUCAGAUACAUUCAGUCCGACCUCGGUGCAGACCAAUGCUGGUUGUCCAGAAAUGUACACCAACCAGACAUAUCUUGAAGGCCAGCAGAGGUAUAAUGUUAUGAACUGCUCCAGUGCUGUGGUGAACGAUAACUGUCCUCCAGCUUACCAGAUGCAGAGUGAUGCAGCUCAAACACAGGCUGACAUAAGGAGAAAUAUGAUCUUCAGUGCAGAGUUGGAGAAGCUGGCUCGCUUGUCAAGGGACCCAAUGGCUGACGAUUUUCCUGGUGGACUAAAUGCAAUUAGUGGUGCUUCCCAAAUUCAAGAUUCUGUCAGCAGCCUGCCACAACCUGUAAAAAAUCCUCCCUACCUGAAUGGAACAAGUGCAAACGUGGCUCCUGGUUUGUUCAAUAAUCAAGGCCCAACCUCGGUGGAAAACAGUACAAGCAUGGGCAAAAGUUUUCAAUCCCCCUCAGCCACUACAACAUCCAUCACAACAAAUCAGAGCGUGAAGAUGACCAGUGCUCCAUCCUCUGUUACUGAGUCCUGUGCAGCCGUCUCUUCAGCCCCAUCCACCCCGAGUUCCAAUGCUGCUGUCGCACAGCAGACAUCCCCGGACUCUAACUCCGCCAGGCCCAUCCGAACAUCGCCCGUGACCAAUCCCACGACCUCCACCCCGACCACUGUUACCUCACAGGACAAGGGGAAAGAUUCCGAAAAUGCCGUCCAACAGCUUCAGCGCUUGACUCAGUCGUUGAAGGAGAAGAAAGAUGAUGGAGUGAAGGGUUCUCAUAUGGAAUACCUAAGUCACAGUGGUGACGGUUCUUCCUCAAUUGGUGGGCAGAACUGCAUUGCUGCUUUGUCUGCUGCCUGUCGCAACAUGAUUGCUGACAUGGACAGCUCCGUCCCCAAACUCACUUCAACUUCGCACAGCCCGUUGGGAAUGAAAUCAGUUAUAGAUAACCCUGGAAAUAUUUUGGGACAGAAAUACACCCCCACCCCAUCAAGUCAAACCUCUUACGGUCCUCAGAUGCCUGAGCAAAUGUUUUCACCACCUGGUGCCAGUGGCCAGAAUAUUUCCCCACCGUUAGUCUCGAUGGGUGACUCGUUUGGCUCCCCUUCGUACAGUACAGCAAGUGUACCUUCAGACUACCAGAUGCAGUUCAGUGAUUUCCUCGAGCAGAGUGUGCCCAUGCAGAUGAACACCAGACGACCAGAGGACAAGCCGAGGAAGAAGGGCAAGCGCAAAAAGUCUGAUGAAGUCAAUGACAUGCUUGCAGCCAGUACUAUUGGCCCGAAGAAGAGGCGUGGCAGAAAAAAGUCCUCUCAGAAUCCCCUGAGUGUGGAGUCCUUUGACCAGCCCCCAUCACUGGAAAAUUUGAGUGCCUCAACACCCCUGAGCGAUGGGCAGUUGCCAUUGGUGGAGGAAAACUCAAACCGUUCAGCCACGCAAACGCCAAAUAUGCCAUCAAAUUCUUGGAGGACCAGUGAUACAAAAUUAAACAGUUCAGAGUCAGUGCCCAGUCUUUUGUCCAACCACCAGCCCCCCUCUGUGGACAGUGAUAGUGCCACACAGGAUUUUUUAGACAGUGUGUUCUCUCCAGACACCACAAUGUCCGCCACUAACCAUGAGCCCGUCGACUCUUUCAGCCAGCUUACUUGCAUUAACCAGUCGCAUCACUCACCGGCGUCCUCCCUCACUUCUCAGCAGUCCAUGAAUGAGACCGCGUCCACGGGAUCUUAUUCUUCACAAGGUGGACUUACAUCACGGACUAGUCAGAACUACCAACUUGACAAUAUGGACCAGUCAAAACUAGCCAUGAGCCAAGCAGUUAAAGCCAAUAGAACGUCCAACAGCACAGUGUCUUCGACGGGUGACCUGGUGUCCAACCCAGUGUCCACCUCCAGUGAUGCCACAGACGCCAACAGUGAGAUGGGUGCCUCCGAAGAGGUGCACCCUCUCAAAAUUCUGCAGGCCCAAAUUCAGCUGCAGAGGCAGCAGUUCAAUUUGAAUGACUCGCGCCCCCUGCCUCUGAAAAACACUUCCAGGAAAACGGCUGGAGUCAAUCCCACCAAGAAGACCGGUCCGUCCUCUGUGCAAGGGGAAGUGGAUGUGAAUGUACUAAUGGCAGAGGAGGACGCCACGUGGUAUGUGCCAAGUGAACAGCCGAAGGAGCCAGAGGUACCUUGGGAGAACACCAGGAAGAAUGCCAAAGGCCAACAGCAAGCCGAUGCUAACCCUGUGGACCGACGCACCCAGAACAAACUCCUGGAGCAGAAGCGACGUGACUCAAUGAAGAAUUCCAUCGACAACCUGAAGAACGCCCUGCCUGAUGGCCGCAACCUGGCUGACCAGACGCAGCACAGUGUCCUACUCAAAGCUCAGAGCUUCAUCAAGGACAUGGUGGGAAAACAACAGCGGAGCAAAAGUUGUUUGGAAGAUCUGAAGAGCGUGAAGUCCAGAAACAGCAUGUUGGAAGACAACAUUGCCUUGCUGAAGCAGGAGUAUGACAUCCUGAGGUAGCAACAUGGAGUGAGACCACAAGCCCAAAGCUACAGGAGUCAUCUUCAACGAGGCCAGCCCGCUGCUGUUGCUUGUAAUAUGCAGGCCUCCGUCCACAUCCCAGCCACAAGAUUGGCAGAGACUGAGACAUUUUAAGACAGUGGCAGAAACUGGAGGCGGGUAAUAUCCGUCAAAUCAACAGGGAGGAGAACUGGAAUUGUUGAUCGGUUGAGCCAUGAAUCCCUGAGGUGUUUGAAGUUUCCUGGAAAUUUGGGGUCAGAACUUGGUUAACUCUAAUCUAGAUUGUAACAGAUUGAUUGUGGUAUUUAUAUUCCAGUGUAAAGAGGGGAUGGUUUCUAGAGUCAGUUGUUUUUCCAAUUCUAAUGUAUGUGGUGCAUGAUAAUCCUUAAUUCUGUCUCAGCCAUUGCACCUUUAUCUCGUGGAUCUAAUUGAUUUCAACUACAAAUGACCGAGAGUGUUUCCUGUUGAACCCUUUCAACAGAAGUUGCAUAAAGAGAGCCAUCAUACAAGCUGAAAAUGUUAAAUUUGAGUCUGUUGCCUCUCAUUUAAGAAACACAGGGUGGUUCCAAACUUUACCUCCAUUUCAAGGAAACUUGUUUGCUUCACCCAUAUACUGAUAUCAUUGUCAAUCCAGCGGUCUUGUGUUAUUUGGAAAAGCAUUCACGUCUUCCAACAUAACAAACAUUCAAAGACAGAGUAUUUCAAAUGCGAUAUUGAGAUUGAAAAAUCAAAACUUUGAGAUUGAUAGUGAUUUUCAGACUUGCAUUAUUUUGUUAAUACAUGUUGAAUCGUUGUUUUUUAAUAUUCUGCUUGAUAAAGCCUCUUACAUGUGAGAGUUGUUUCAUUUCAUUGUAAAUUCUGUAUGUAAAUAAGCUUUCUGUACAAUUUUCAAUCUGUAAAGAAUGUUACAAACCCAAGGGCUGCAUUCAAACUACGGCACAGUGACACACAUUGACAAAUGUCAACUUGUCGCUUUCAGAACUCCCUCUUGUGAAAAUCUUCAGAUCGUGGCGCUGAAGUUCAUGACUCCAGAUGGAUCACUAUAGGGCAUUCUGGAAAUGUGCAAGUUAAUUGUUGCCAACCGCAUCUGAUCUGAUUUUGAAAUAAUAAUCUACGCACCGAAAAAGCAGAAAAGUGAAAACAAAAGUCAGAAAAAGAUCUAUGCAAUAACUGAUGUUGUAUAAUGUUUAUAUAAUGUACUAUGAUAUCAUUCUUUGGGGUAAUCAGAACUUUGACAAUGACAGACUGAGUUGCUAUCGGUUGCCAUGGUAAUGACAAUUGUAGAGGACAACAUAAAAGGAAUUUUUUAUUGCUUUGAGUCUUCGGGCUGGUCUAAACCUUUGAAAGUUUUGAGUUAGAAUCUCAGGCAGUGUUUGCCUUGAGUCCAUUUUUUUUUAUCUUGUAAAUCCUUUGAAAGUGGAAGUAAUACAUUUCACAAGUUUAAUGUAGGACCAGAAUGCAGCAGACUGCAACUAAAAAGGUUUUAUGUGGUCGAUAAAUUGUAUUUUUGUGUAAAUUUAAAAAUCUUUUAUUGUUUGACGGUUAUUUUCUUUCAUUUUUAAUGCCUUGGUUUAGCCUAAUGGGGUAUUUAUCACCCACUAGUGCAGCAUCUUAGUUAUUUGAAUCACAUAGUCUUUUGUAACAGGUUUACCAUGUCAUAGUAAAGUCAUUUUGUGUCAAACAAAUUACUAGUUUUGUUGUUUGCUUUUGCAGGAUGUUAUAUCCAAACCUUCAUUUUAAAAAGCAGGUUUUUAUAAAUCUGAACAUUUUAUUUUCAAGUAAAUUAUAUCUUGAUAUCAUGUUAGUCAGUGCAGGUUCCUGGAUGUCAUCUUGGGCAUGCACAUGCUUCCGAACACUUCUUUUUUUUUGUUUUUUUCCUGAAGGCAGUAGUGACUGUUGACUGAAUUCUGUGUGUGGUUGGCGGUUGACAUUGAGGGUGUGUCUUCAAAGUGUCCUCAAAUCUUGUCAAUUUUCUCCUUUAACUUGAAUUGGAUUUGUGAAGUGUUAAUGUUUACUAACAGAGUUUUUCUCCAUUAAAAGGACUUCCAAAGAAGAAAGAAAUGACUGUUUGCAAUCCUAUCCAAGUUUGCCCCUGUUUAAAUGGAUGAUGGCCUAGAGCGUUUACAUUUGAUUGCAAACCCCCAAAAGCUGUUAAAAUACCUGCAUUUACAUUCUCUGAAGGUGACUUCAACACCUCAGUUGCCUUAUCACCUAUAGAAAAUACUUAAUAUUGGUCUGACACACUCACAGAAAAGUUACAAACAGUCGCCGUAAGGUGGACUCACCACUCAAAGAUAUGGGGCAUAUUGAAUGAAACACCGCUCGUCAUUGUCAUGAGAAACAUACUUUGCCGCACGUGAAACAUUUUGUCGUUAAUUCUGUCUUGAUGGUCAACUGCACAUCCUUGAAGAUAGUUCAGUUUUACUUUGAGCUUAUUUGGUGAGAGCGAAUGAAUUGGGCUCUCUGUGUUUGGGUGCUAUAUGUCGAUAGAAAAUGGACAAAUCUUGAAAACUAUGACAACAAAAUUCCACUGGUUGUUCAUGGGUGGAUUUGAUUUUGAGUGGAAAACACUGACCAAAUUCAAAACGCAAAUUUACUUUCAUUUAAGGAAUUCAUCUUCUUUUUAUUUUCUUUCUCAUUUCUUUAGUUGGAGUCUCAGGUGUAAUGAAAGAGAUUGUGAAUAUAAAUUAACAUUGUACAGAGGGAAAAAUGGAAGGAUUAAUAACGGUUCAUUACUUCAAUAUCUUUAAUUGCAUUCCUCCAACUUUGUCUUUUUUAUCCUAUAGAGAAAAAAAGCCUCUAAAAUUAACUGUAAAAAGAAUCACCGGUAUUAGGGUAGGGCUUGUGACUUUGUGAAGCAUACUGUUUGAUUGGAAGUGUAAAUUAUGUAUGAUAUCAUGCCAUUUUUUGGACGGCAGUGGAGCUUGGUCAACAAUGCUUGGUCAGAUGUCAAUAGUGAAAAUCUUAAUAAAGAGCCCCUCGAUGGGCAGAGAUAUUUUUAA